GGCAUGUCCAUGAUGACUGCUGCCCAGGUGCUGUCACUGCUCUAGCCUCUUCUCCCAGCUGGCUCAUGUCUGCCCUCGCCAGAGCUCCCGCUGCCCGCGUCCCCUUCUCCCCACUGGGUGACAGCAGGAGCUGUGCCGGCCAUGGUGCGGGCCGCGCGGGAGCGGGGGUGCUCCCCGGAGUGAGGCGGAGGGUCCGAGCGCACAGACCCCCGCCAGACGUCCGCUUCAUCUUCCAGCCUCAGAAGCCGGGAGCCGGUCACAAGUUUCAGGCCGAGGCCGCUCUGACCGCCUGGUGCGACUUGUGCUGCGGCUUCAUCUUCUCGGGGGCCCGGCGCUGUGCAGAUUGUAAAUACACGUGCCAUUCUCAUUGCCAAGGACAGGUACAAUUAAACUGUGAACCGAAUGGAAAAUUAAUGGAAUGUCUACCCACGUACGACACACUGGACCACUCCAAUAACAAUGAAAAGGAUGUUGAGAAGGAAAGAGAUCCUUUGUCGUACCUUAGUAAAGAAGAAACCAAAGAGAAGAUCCAGCUUUAUAACACAGCAGUCACCGACAAAUUAAAAAUGACCCUGAACUCCAAUGGGAUCUAUACAGGCUUUAUCAAAGUACAGAUGGAACUCAGACGACCAAUCACUGUACGGACACGAACAAAUGCACAAAGCCAUGCCAACGGCAAUGAAAACGAUACUGCCUUCUACCUGCCCAAGGGCAGCAUAAAUAUUUUACACAUUAGCAGCACAAACACUGUUCGAGAAGUCAUCGAGGCCUUGCUGAAAAAGUUCUUGGUUGCAGACAAUCCUGCUAAAUUUGCACUUUAUAAGCGCUGUCAGAAGGAAGAUCAAGUGUACAUGUGCAGGUUGUCUGACAGAGAGCAUCCACUCUAUCUUCGGCUAGUAGCUGGACCCAACCUCGAAACCCUAGGUUUCGUUCUACGAGAACAUGAAACUGGAGAUGUCAUGUGGGAAGCCUUCACAGUACCAGAAUUGCAGAACUUCCUGCGCAUCUUGGACAAGGAAGAAGAUGAACAGUUGCAGAAUUUAAAGCGACGCUAUUCGUGCUACAAGGAGAAAUUAGAGGAGGCGCUGAGUGGAGUACGCAAACCUGGCUAAGGGUGAUGGCCAGGCGGACCUGUGUGUUGCAGUAUGGCAGAGCAAUAUGCAGCUCUGUUCAGAGGAGACUUGGUUGCAAGGGAACAUAUCCAUGGGAAGAUACAUGUGUGGCCUGUCAUAAACUGGUCACAUGGAUUUGAUGGAUUUUCUUUUACUGGAACUAUAAAGGCUGCCACAGAACAUGUAGUGUUUGCUGCCGACAAUCCAAAUAUCAAAAUCAUUUUUAGAUUUUGUGUUUUGUCAAAUUAUUUUAUAUAAAUUAUUCAAGCUUUAAGUCUGACAAGAAAUGAUUGUUUUAUCAGGAAUUUUAUUUAAGGUGGUGUUUUUUUUUUUUUUGUUUUUUUAUUUAAAUCAAAAAUGUUCUUUGCAACGAAUGUCUGUCACAGAGUUGGACUGAUUCUGGUCAUCACCUGAAGAUUCAGAAGAAUUCAUGAAGGUUGUCAGAUGGUUCAGUCCAGCCAGCAGAAUAGCAAGUGAUGAUCCCGGAGGCGCAGAUAAGAGGGGUCCUCCGAGUUUUUGUAGUGGAGGUUGUGUUUCAGAGGGAAAGCAGAUGUGGUUUACCAAGGGUAUGUUGGCCUAUGGAAAGUGCGAUGACCAACAGCUAUGCAUUGUCCUGUUGGCAAUUUUUUUAAGCUGCUAAUAGGGUUUUUGUAAUAUUCUGAGGGAAAAAUCCAAUUUUCAGAUUGUUGCCUAAUGAAUUGAUCUGAUGGACAAAGGAGGUUUAAUGAGAAAGGAGUUGAUUUACUGGUUUACUGUAUGUAAGAGUACGUGGGCAUACAAGAGAAGCCACUCUUGAAAUAAGCUGUGUAUUCCUGUAUGCUGAUGAGAUCUGCUUGCCAGGCAAUAACAGUUAGAGGGUAAGAAUGUGAUAGAAAAGGUAGAAAUAAUGGUAAGAAUUGUAGAGUCACUGCGACUCCUAAGACUGUGGUGGAAAAGAGCAUGUUCUAAGAAAACCAAAGAGCAAACUGAUCACAGGAGGUGUUACUUGGCAUUAUGGUGGUAUAGUUUUAUCCUGUUUAAGAAGUAUUCUUCUACAAUAUUCAGUUUCUUUUUUUGUGUUGACGACUAGAUACAAAGUUUUGGUUUAUUGUUUACCUAUCUCUGCAUGUUACCUGGCGCGUAUAGCUAGUGCUACUGAAGACACAUGGAUAUAGAGUGACACGUAGUGGACAGACUCCAGGUUUUACUUUUACCACUUCAUCUCAUAGUACAAAAGAAUCUCUUUACUUCACAUCCGGAAUGUGGGGCACCAGAGACGUGCUGUGUGUGUUUUUUGGUUUUAAUAUGUCCGUUAACCACACAUAAGAAAUCCCACAUGUAUGAAUUAAGGGACACUCGUGAUUGGUUUGGAGAAGAUGGCUUAUGCUGAUGAUUAGAGGUUAGAAUAUCAGAUUUUUGAAGGGUUGGGCUAUAGGGCUAUCCAUUUGCUCAGAUAGUCCAGAUUUUUUUUUUUGGUACCUGAAUAUCAGUAAAGGUUGGAUAGCGGUGUCCUACUACACUGUUACCACAUGAAAAUGGAUGAAAUGACCCUGUGAAGAGGACAUGUUUAAGCCUAGUUCACACCUCAGUGAUUUGGUCAGUGUUCGAUCAGGGAUUGUGAGCCAAAACCAGGUUUGGAUUAAAAACACAGAACUGCUGCAGAUCUUUCCAUUAUAUCUUCUGUGUGUAGCCUCCACUCCUAGUUUUGGCUCGCAAUCACUGACCAAACUGACUAAAUCACUAAAGUAUGGACACUUGUCUGUUUUUUGUUUUUGUAGAUUUUAUUUUAAAGCUGUAUUUUAUGAAAUGGUCAACUGUGAAUGAAUGCGUUUUUUUUAUUUUUGUUUUUUUAAUACUUGAAAUGUAUUUUACUGGGCAUAUCCCCUACUUCAGACCUAAAUGCUACAAUGUCUUAUGCACUACACAUUGUCUCUGAUCAAGGGCAGAUUACUGUAUCUAUAUCAUAUUUGUUUUACCUCUUUAAAUUAUUUUUUAAAUAAAAUUUAUAAAAAUCCCUUUUGAGGCGAAAGCAAAUUCACAAUACUAUGUGCUUAUUUGCAUGUCUUACCAAUAUCUUUUAUGAUCACGGUGUGUUCAGUGUGAACUCUUUUACAGAACUUGGCACUGGAGGUUUUGAGCACACCUAUCUGCAGAAAUUGGAUAGAAGGAUUAGAAUAUGUAAGGUCUUAAGUACAUCUGCCAUGCAGACACUGCUUGUAUGCUUGAUGGUACCAGAAAGUUACAAUUACAGGAUGUUCUAAUAAAGUUAUUCUAUUCAUGAAUUUGAGAAAAUGGGUUCUUUCUAGAAUUGUUUAGUACUUUUUGCUCUUUUAUUAAAUUGAAGUACUGUCAUUUUUAUAUGCAUGUUGCAUCGAUCGCAACCCAUUUUUCAGUUUUAGAGCUACAGCAGAUCUUUAUAAGGUUCCUCUUGAAAUGUCUUGAGUGUCCAAUAAAUAAAGUCUUGAAAUCA